GCCGGCUCCGUCCCUCCCCUCCGCCCUUCUCCUCCCCUCACAGCCGGCGGGCGGGAGGUGCUGCCGGGGCAGCUCCGCCCCGCUCCCCGCGCGCCGCUCCGCGCCGCGUUUUCCGGGCCGCGCCCCUGCGCUCGUGCGCCGACACUCGGACGUGCGGGGCCGGCGCCGCUCGCCAUUGGCCGCGCCGCCGUAGCCCCAUGGGCGUGCGGGCCGCGCAUUGGCCCCGCGCGCUGUCAAUCAGCGCGUGGCUGCGUCAGGGCCGGGUGCGCGGCCCCGUUCCCUGCUGUGUGCGGGGCCGGCGCGGGGCCGGUGCGGGCGGGGCCGCGCCUCGCUCGUCCCUCGCUAAGAUGGCGGCGGCGGCGGCGGCGGCCGUGGCGCGGCUCGAGGGCCGGGAGUUCGAGUACCUCAUGAAGAAGCGCUCGGUGACCAUCGGCCGCAACUCGUCGCAGGGCUCGGUGGACGUGAGCAUGGGCCACUCCAGCUUCAUCUCCCGCCGCCACCUCGAGAUCUUCACCGCCGCGCCCCCGCCGCCGCCGGCCGGCGCGGACGGGCCGCCGCCCCCGCCGCAGGGGGACCCGGCGGGCGGAGCGGGGGGCGACUUCUACCUGCGCUGCCUGGGCAAGAACGGCGUGUUCGUGGACGGCGUGUUCCAGCGGCGCGGGGCGCCGCCGCUGCAGCUGCCGCGAGUCUGUACUUUCAGGUUUCCCAGCACAAACAUCAAGAUAACAUUCACAGCUCUGUCCAAUGAAAAGAGAGAAAAACAGGAGGCCCCGGAGUCCCCAGUGAAGCCUGUGCAACCCCAGAUCUCUCCCUUAACAAUAAACAUUCCAGACAACAUGGCUCACCUGAUCAGCCCCCUCCCUUCUCCCACGGGAACCAUCAGUGCUGCAAAUUCCUGCCCAUCGAGCCCCCGCGGCGCAGGCUCUUCAGGGUACAAAAUGAGUCGUGGAAUAGCAUCUGACCUACAUUUGAUGGCUGACAAUUCCCAGUCAGAAAACGACAAGGAAGCUUCGGGGGGAGACAGCCCAAAGGAUGACUCUAAGCCACCCUACUCCUAUGCACAGUUAAUAGUCCAAGCAAUUACAAUGGCCCCGGAUAAGCAGCUUACACUAAAUGGAAUUUAUACGCACAUAACUAAAAAUUAUCCCUACUACAGGACAGCAGACAAGGGCUGGCAGAAUUCAAUACGUCACAAUCUCUCUCUGAAUCGUUAUUUCAUCAAAGUACCACGUUCCCAGGAAGAACCAGGCAAAGGCUCAUUCUGGAGGAUAGACCCUGCCUCUGAAAGCAAAUUAAUAGAGCAGGCUUUUAGGAAAAGGCGGCCUAGGGGAGUACCUUGCUUUAGAACCCCUCUGGGACCACUCUCUUCUAGAAGUGCCCCAGCUUCUCCUAAUCACUCUGGAGUGCUGUCUGCACACUCCAGUGGCGUCCAGACCCCCGAGAGCCUGUCCAGGGAAGGAUCUCCUGUCCCCAUGGAGCCUGAGCCCAGCGCCAUCCAGCCAAAGCUCGCCGUCAUCCAAGAAGCGCGGUUUGCACAGAGUGCCCCAGGAUCACCUCUCUCUAGCCAGCCAGUUUUAAUUACUGUACAACGGCAGCUACCACAAGCUAUCAAACCCGUCACCUACACUGUUGCAACUCCCGUGACAACAUCGACCUCCCAGCAGCCUGUAGUUCAGACAGUUCAUGUUGUGCACCAGAUCCCAGCUGUGUCAGUCACCAACGUGACUGGAUUGGCACCAGCAAACACUUACACUGUCGCAGGACAGGCGGUUGUCACACAAGCUGCUAUGGUCACCCAGCCCAAGGUAGAACCUCAAGAGAAUGGAGACCACAAGGAAGUCAAAGUGAAAGUGGAGCCUCUCCCUGCCAUUAGCCAUGCUGCAAUAGGAGCCGCUGGUCGCAUCAUCCAGACAUCGCAGCCCACCCCCUUACAGACAGUGACCAUCGUGCAGCAGGCGCCGCUGGGGCAGCACCAGCUGCCCAUCAAAGCUGUCACCCAGAACGGAACGCACAUCGUGCCGCUGAGCGCCGCCGUGGGGCCGGGCAGCGCGGCUGCUGCAAGUCCUUUGCACAUGUUAGCAACCCACGCGUCGGCGUCGGCGUCGCUGCCCACCAAGCGCCAGAACGGAGACCAGCCAGAGCAGCAGGAGCUGAAACGCAUCAAAACAGAGGAUGGAGAGAGCAUAGUCAUAGCUGUGAACGUGGACACCCCACCCGUGGCAGUGAGUGACAAAGGCAGCCAGAACUAGAAACUUUAGGGGAGUUUUCCUUUUUUUUAAAAAAAAAACAAAAAAAAAAAACAAAAAAAAAACACAAAAAAAAAAAAAAAAAAACCACAAAAAACCAACAAAAACAAACUCCAUGGUGCCAAAAGGAGACACUUAAAUCUAACACCUAAAAUGUUGGAACAUGUUCUCACGCAGUGGGGAAAGGGGCCCUGUGAAUCAGACUUCAACUUUCAGCACUGAAACAAAACCCAACACAGGUGGCCUUAAAACUUGGUAACUUAAAAGUGAAAGUGCAGAAGCAUGUUGCUGUAGAGGCUGUGCCCCCGCCCCUCCUGCCCCACGGACCGUGUGUGCUGGGAGGGCUGCAGCUCGAACAGGAUCUGUCAGGUUUCUCCCAGGACUGAGGAUCUCAGUGUAACGGCAGCAGGAGAGCGCUUAGUGUGACUGCUUUCAGAGGAUUGCAGAUUCCUGAAGGGAACAGAGGCAGGAGCCAUUCUGACACCGUGGCAGCUAAGCCUUUCCGAACCACCCACCCAUGCAGUUGUUGAUAGGUAUGCAGUAUUUUGUUGUUCACAUGUGGAAUUUAGAAAUUUUUGAGGUGUAUUUUCAUUUCUUUGCAAAACAAUGGGGUCUUUGACAUUUCAAAUCACUCCAUUUCUACUCCGGAAACUUUGGAAUCACACAACUACUUUUCAUGUGAAAUUUUGUUUGGUAAAAAACUGAAUGUAGGGUUUUUUUAACCAACGGAAUGAUUUACUUUUGUCUGUCCUGUUCAAGUUCAGAUAAAGCUACUUUAUUACAUCUGCAAAUUUUCAUAUUUUAGCAGUUGCCUGAUAAAUUUAAUCAAAUUUUAUUACCAUGUGUAGUGAUCAAACGCUUCUUUGGGCUUGCAUGUAACUGAUUAGAAACUCUGAUGUAAAUGAGCCGUUAACUGACGUAAAGAACUGCUAUGGAUUUGACCAGAGCUGCACUUACCUGUUUCUCUCUCUGCUACCUUUUGCUGUUUGUUACUUUGUGUUGACUUUGACUGUCCCUGGCAUAUUUUUCCAGUCUAAAGUAAAACAAGAGUCUCGCUUAAUAUUGUGUAUGUUUAAGAUAACAGACUGUUCUUCAUUUAGAAAGAUAAAAUUCUUUAUCACGAGUCCUUUUAAAAAGAGUAAAAUUAUCUUGUCAGAGGUAUAUUCGAUAUUUUUAAGCUUAAGCACCCUUCAUUAGAAAUUAAUCUGCCCCGUUUCUCUGUAACACUUUGAUGUCAGACACUGACCUCGGGGUCUCCAUGACCAGUAGCUGUUGUGGUUUUCUAACAGUGGCUACCAGAUUAUGGUAAUAAUUUUUUUUUUUUUUUAAGUGUGUGUUCUGCAGUUGAACAUUUUAAAAUGUAUCGGUAAUUUCUCACUUUAAUGUGGUAAUAGAUUCCACUUUACAUUUCAAAAUUGAAUUGAAACAAGGCUGCUGUUCAGUCUUCAGCUCACAACGUCUUAGUUCCUCCUGCAGCCAGGUGAGUGCGAGCCGGAGCUGGCUCCAUCGGAAUCUGGUUUUUGUCCUGUUCUGUAAUAAAGAUGCAUUAUUUAUAUUUCCUUUCCUGCUACGAAAGGAAAAACUGUUUUUUCAUGAUGGACUGAACAGUUUGGAGUGGUUAUUUUAGGCAGCUUUUGGAAACUAUUUACCUAAAGACCAAAUAUGAGAAAUGUGUACAAGUUUUGUGUUCAUCCACACAAUGGAACUGUUACAAUGUCUCUGCAGAUAAUACAUUAAAAAACUAUGAAAAAAAACUCUACACAAGCUGGAUUUAUAACAGGCAUUUAAAAAAAAAAGCAUAACCUGAAAAGAAGCAUUUCUGUACAAUUGCAACGUUUUCUUUAGAGGUUUUAAAAAUAAAAAAAAAGUAAAGUUUUAACAUACUUUUUUUAAGAAAAAAAAAUCCAGUACUAGUAAUUUAAUUUGGUGUUGAAUGAAUUGACUAGAAUGUGGUUUAUUUUCAGAAGUGAGAAUCUGUUCACAACUAGGGCUAGGUGAAUAAUAGUGUAUAAGAUUUUUUUAAAUAAAAUUAAAUUUUAUUCAGCAAA